AGCCUUCAAUGUUCAAACCCCAAUAUUUCUCUAAACCUACACGCCCCCCUCCCCCCAAUUUCCCCUAUCUCUAUGUCUCUCUCCCUCCUCAUCGGUGCAGCUACGCGCCACCAUUUCCUUCUCUCUUUCUCUCCCCUCGCCUCGCUGCUUCGCCGUCUGCCUGCCCCCACCAGCCUUGGCGCCCUCGCUGCAGCUCCACCACCCUGCUUCAACGGCCCCAUGGAGUUCUUGGCGUGUCUGAACGGGUGUUAUGGUUGGUGCACCUGUCCUCCGACGGCCGGCGAUUAGCCAGUGGCCUCGACCUGACUUUGUACAGGAUAGAAAGUGGGGAACAAAGAUGGCUAUUGUAUAAUUUUUUAGGAUGUUGCAGAUUCCAUUAAUGGUGUCUGUAUAUAAACUCCUUGGCGAAGCCAGUUUUAUAUUGGACCAAUUUUUACUCUAUAAUAUCUGCCUUUCGUUUGCCCAAUAAAUUGUUUUUCUGCCCAAAAAUGUGUCAUUCAAAAAACUCUCACUUUAGAUAUCGAUAGAUUUUCAGGUCAGAGUGCAAUUCCAUAGGACCGAAGUCGAUAAUAAAUUAAAUUAAACUCACGAAUCAUUUCCUUAUCCAUUAUUAAAUUAAACUCACGAAUCAUUUCCUUAUCCAUUCUGCUUCACAUAUUCUCAAUUCUCCAAACCAUGCUUUCUUCCCAAUGCCAAACACCCUCCACUUUCCUUCAUCAAUCUGCCUAUUUUUCUGCAUUCAAUCCGCCAUUCUUCUACUCCACCAACGCAAUCCAUCACCGGAAAUUUCAUGUAUUCGCCGCUCCCAUCAAAGAAAAACACCAUCUUUACGGACACACGAGCGCCACACCAUUGCAAUUCGAAGAUUUUCUUCAAACUAUUACCACAUCUCCAAAACAGCUCGAAGCACUGGCGGAAGUCAAUAGAUUUGGAGAAAUUCGAACUAUUGCUGAAUUCAAUCGUCUACUCGUUUCCUUAAUUUCUUCGGAUGAGGUUGAAUUGGCGUGGAAGCUCAAGUCUACCUUAUCGUCUCUUGGUUUAUUCCCGGAUGUGCGGACGUAUUCAAUUUUGGUGAACGGUUUCUGCAAGAACAAGGCGAUGAUAGAAGCGAAAAUCGCUCUUCACGAGAUGCUGGAGAAUGGAUUCGAGCCAAAUGUGGCCACGUUCACCACAGUAAUCAACUCCUUUUGUGAGACUGGAAGAUUGAAGGAUGCAUAUGAGGUGUUCGAUGAAAUGUCUAAAAUAGGGUGCGAGCCCACAAUUAACACGUACAACUGCUUGUUGAAAGGUCUGUGCUACGUUGGUAGAAUAGAGGAGGCUUAUGAUUUGUUAUUAAGCGUAAAAAACUCGUCGAUCAAGCCGGAUAUCUACACUUACACUGCAAUGAUGGAUGGUUUCUGCAAAGUAGGACGUUCGGAUGAGGCGUUCGAGUUGCUCGUUGAAGCUCUGAGAAUGAAGUUGAUGCCGAAUGUAGUAACGUACAACACUCUGUUUAAUGGGUACUUCAAAGAGGGGAAGCCCUUGUGCGGUUUCGGCCUGUUGAGGCGGAUGAGAGCGAAGAAAUGCAGCCCCGACUACAUCAGCUACAGCACGCUGCUACACGGGCUGUUGAAAUGGGGCAAAAUUAGAGCGGCAAUGCAGGCGUACAAAGAGAUGGUUGGAGAUGGUUAUCGCGUGGAUGAGAGGAUGAUGAACACGUUGCUGAGGGGCUUGUGCAGGCAUGCUAGGAAGGAGAAGUAUGUGUUGGAUGAUGCAUACAAUGUGUUUGAUGAGAUGAGGAAUGGGAGGUAUCCAAUAUAUCAAGAAUCAUAUGAGCUGGUGGUUGAGGCCAUGUGCUGCAAUGGGAGGGACAUGGAAAGAAGAGGUUUUGAUGUUUUGAAUGAGAUGAUUGGGGUUGGGUUAUCACCCAAGACUUUCACCUUCAACAUUGCUAUUCAUGCUCUUUGUUGCUGCGGUGAGGUGGACAAGGCUUUGGCAGUUUUGGCGAUGAUGCAUAAACACAGAAAGGCAAGAGGGAUACCGUUUAACACAUUGAUUGAUGAAUUGAUUCUGCAAGGAAGGGUGUUCGAGGCUGCUUGUGUUUAUGGGUUUGCUUUGAAGAAAGGUGUGGUGCCAAAGUGGAAACCUCAAUAGGGACCUGUUCAGUAUCUUAGAUAUGCCAGAUUUGGGGUCAUACAGUGUGAAAGAGAUAACUCUCACCAGCCCGAGAAUUAAAUGAAGGCCGGCGCUGUUGAGUGCUGUAACAGGCGAAAUUCAUUUCUUACGACAGAGGUGGUUUAUGAAUCAGCAUCGAUUUUUGUGUCAAGAAAUGAAUGGAAAAUGAUAAUGCUACCCCUCCCAAAAUUUCAAUUCCCCCAAAUUCCGAGCUUCUCCUUUUCGGGGUAGUAAUCUGUCCAUCUCCAACGAGAAAAUUGAGAUCCAUUCGUUGUUUCUGCCUCGCAGCGUGGACUGUUUCCCUGGGGAAGAGGCGGAGAAGAGUAUGGAAAGAGUCGGAGAAGAAGAUAAAGGAGGAAGUUUUUAAGGGGGUAAUGAUUCAAAGAAGCAAUCUUGAUUUGGUGGGACUGAUCUUCGUAUUUUUGGUAGCUGAUUGUCAGGAUUCGGAGAAGAUUUUAUUGAGCUGACUCCUGCAAUGAUAAAUUAAUUACAUUGGGCAUAGAAAGAAAAAUUUAUCAUUGCAUUUUGCUCAUCACUGUGUUAACUCGUUGGAUCGAUUUAUUUUGAGAAUAUUUGCAGUCUGUUUAUAUAGUUUGUUAUGUGCUGCCUUAUUGAAUUUAUGUGCAUGUUGAUUUCUGGAUGUGAGUAGUAAAUAUGAUACUCUCUGAAUAGAGAAGAAGCUUGGAUGCUAAAAUGAAUAGAUAUGUAUGUUUGAGAGUUGUUUGGUUGGAGAUGAAUGUGGAAUACUACUUUGUAUCCGUGAGCUUGAAAUGAUCAGUGUAAAUGCAUCAUAUAUUCAAACCUAAAGAAUAUAGGAGACUUCUGUUGUA